AUGUCACUAAGAUUAUUAAUAGCCGCUGUGUUAUUAACUAUUUAUGGGAAUAUUUCAGUGGUUUGCGGAGCAGAAGUUAUUGGUAUUCCACCUAAUGAACAGGAUCUUUAUAGUCCUAUAGUCAACCAUGAGACAGGAGAGAAAACUUGGCGUUGCCUUGGAGAUCCGAAUAUAGUUUUGAAUUAUGAUCAAAUUAAUGACAAUUACUGUGAUUGUCCUGAUGGAUCUGAUGAACCAGGAACAAAUGCAUGUCCAUAUGACUUCAGCCGAAAAUUCUAUUGUCAUAACGAGGGCCAUAUUCCUGGUUAUUUAGAUAAUUUUAAAUUAAAUGAUGGCGUAUGUGAUUAUGAAAUUUGUUGUGAUGGCUCUGAUGAAUACUUGUCUGGCAAGUGUGAAAAUAAAUGUGUAGAAAUUCACCAACAAUAUCUUACAUACUUGCAAGCAUCUAAAGAGGAAAUGGAUAUUUCUCUUUCAGAAAAGAAGAAGUUGCUUGUAAUAGCUCAGGAAAGAAGAGCUCUUAUAGAAAGUAGACUUAAAGAUCUUGAAAAAGAAUUAGAAAUGAGCCUUAAGUUUAAAGAUAAAGAGAUAGAGUCACAAUCCGUAGAAGACGAUGUACCUGAUCAACUGGUUUAUUCAAAGUUGUCUCCUUAUAUCGAAGAACUACAAAUGAACAUACAAGGAGAUAGAAAUAAAAUAGAAGAUUAUUCAAAAAAAAUUGCAUAUUUAGAAGGUAUUUUGUCUAGCUUGAUCGAAAAUUACAAUCCAAAUUUUAAUGAUUUAGCUGUAAAAGAUACAGUUAAUAAGUUUCGUGACUAUGUAUCGAAUAAAGACGAGAAAGAAGGAAUUCAAACAAACUCAUUAAAUUUGUUAAACUCUUUAUCAAAAGAAUCAGAGAAGCUAUCUUACAAUUCCGAGAACGAGAGUGUGGAAAUAUUUUACCCUGGUAUCAGUAAUAUGAUACAUUACUAUUACUCAUCAUUUGUGAAGUCAUACAUGAAAAAUGAGGAAAAAGAGGACUUUGCUGAUGAAGAGGAAAAGACAACUGAGGAUAUUGAAUCACUAAAGGAUGAAAUCGCCAAAUUCAAUGAAGAUUUGGCCAAGGACUAUGGAAAGGAUGAUAUAUUACGAUCUGUUGAAUCUCAGUGGAUCAAAAAGCGUCUUGCUGGUUAUUCUUACAAUAUCGGAUUCUUGGAUUCUAUUUACCAAGAUAAUACAUUGAUAGGUAGGUAUUCCAGACUUGAAGGUAAUAAGCUUAUUUACGAUCAAGGUGCGAAGUGUUGGAAUGGUCCACGUAGAUCAGGUAUAGUUGAGAUGAUCUGUGGUCCAAAGCACGAUUUGAUUUCGAUUGGAGAACCAGAAAAAUGUGAGUACCACUUUGAAUUAAUAACACCCAUUGUAUGUAAUGAAAUGUCGGAAGAAGAAUUACUUUCUAACUUUAAAAUAAAUUACGAUAAUUUAUAG